UUGGGGAGCAAUGGCGGCGGCCCCGAGCCCGGAGGAGGCGGACGGUGGCGACGCCGAUGUGUUCGACUCGAAGACCCACUGCCUGGAGCUGUCCCGCCGGCAGAACGAGCAGAGGAAGCGGGGCCUAUUCUGCGACCUGACGCUGUCGGUGGGAGGCCGGGAGUUCCGCGCCCACCGCUCGGUCCUGGCCGCCGCCACCGAGUACUUCGAGCCGCUGCUCGGCGGCAACUUCGAGGAGUCGCGCUCGGAGCGGGUGGAGAUGCGCAAAUGGAGCACGGAGCCCGGACCCGACCCCGACACGGUGGAGGCCGUCAUCCAGUACAUGUACACCGGCACCAUCCAAGUCUGCACCGGCACCGUGCAUGAGGUUCUGGAACUGGCCGACAGGUUCCUCUUGCUCCAACUGAAGGAAUUCUGUGGGGAGUUUCUAAAGAAAAAGCUAAACCUCACCAACUGUGUGGCAGUUCACAGUCUGGCCCACAUGUACUCCCUGGACCAGCUGGCAUUGAAAGCUGCAGACAUGAUCCGCAGGGACUUCUCCAAGGUGGUACAGGAUGAUGAGUUCUACACACUGCCUUUCCACCUGGUCAGAGACUGGCUGUCAGACUCUGAAAUCACAGUGGACUCUGAGGAAGUUCUUUUUGAGGCUGUGGUGAAGUGGGUGCAGCGGAACCCAGAGGAGAGGGAGAAGCACUUCGAGGAGCUGUUCCAGUUGCUGCGAUUGCCUCAGAUGAAGCCCACAUAUUUAACCCGGAUCAUCAAAUCUGAGCGGCUAGUAGCUGAUAAUGCCAGCUGCCUCAGGCUUGUUUCAGAAGCAGUGGAAGGUCAUGCACUGAGGUCGGAGAAUCUUCAGCCUGCCAACCUGGAGCACUGGGCAUCCCAUGUUGUGUCAUUCCAGCCUCGCUUUGGGCAAAACAUGGAUAUUAUUAUGGUGGUGGGUGGUGUGUCAGAGGGUGGGGAUUACCUGAGCGAGUGCGUAGGAUAUUUCAUUGAUGAAGAUCGAUGGGUAAAUCUCCCCCACAUUCACAACCAUCUAGAUGGCCAUGCUAUGGCCAUCACAGACUCCCACGUGUACGUGGCUGGCUCCAUGGAGCCUGGAUUUGCAAAGACGGUGGAGAGAUACAGCCCAAACAGAAACAGUUGGGAGCAGGUUAACAACUUAAUCACAAGGAAGCAUUCUUUUGGCCUGUCGGCAGUUAAGCAGAACUUGUAUAGCAUCGGGGGACAUGGGAAUUUUAGCCCGGGUUUCAAAGAUGUUGAUGUUUACGAACCUGAACAGGAUAGGUGGCACCACCUGGAGUCCGCUCCCAAAAUAUUACGGGAUGUUAAAGCCAUCAGUGUGGAAGAUCGUUUUGUGUACGUUACCGCCCGCACCCCUGUGGAUACCGAUAACGAGGAUGGUUUGGAGACAAUAAAUGCAAAGUAUGAUACUGACACAAGACAGUGGCAGGAUGUGGAAUCUCUGCCGCUCCUUGAUAACUACUGCGCCUUCCAGAUGGCUAUUGCAGCCACAAACUUUUACCACACAGCCUCCUGCUGCCCCAAGUGUUACCCUGUGACAGACGGUGAAGCAAAGCAGAAAAUCUCCAGCAUGACAGCUGAUGAAAUCCUGGAGAGCCUACCACCCGAAGUGCUGAGUAUUGAGGGGGCGGCAAUUUGCUACUUCCGUGAUGAUGUCUUCAUAAUCGGUGGCUGGAAGAACAGUGAUGACAUGGACAAGCAGUAUCGAAAGGAGGCAUACCGCUAUUGUUCAGAGAGGAAGCGCUGGAUGCUGCUGCCUCCCAUGCCCCAGCCACGAUGCCGAGCAACCGCUUGCCACGUGAGGAUACCUUACAGGUACCUAUAUGGAGCUCAAAGGUACCCAAUGCCACAGAACCUGGCCAGGCAGCGAGAACGGCUGCAGCAGAUGCAGCAGUUGCAUCGGCGAUCUCUAAGCCUCAGGCGGCAGCUGCAACCUCAAGUCGAAUGUUAACCAGAAGCACUUCUGGAGAUGGGGGUUUUAGUGAGAAACCUCCCUCAAAAAUUCCAGAACAAGUCUGAUUCUCCUCAGCUUAAUAUAAUUUUGAGGUCAGUGCUAACUAGAAUUCCUGCCCCUCCAAACAUAAACUGCUGUGACAAUACAGAUUAUAUAGGCAGUUGAAAGUGGGGACAGUGUGUUGGGGGAAGAGUCUUCAUACUCAACUGUUCUAUAUUGGAAAUAAGGGUCAGUGUCACAGCCAAAUGGACUGUAUCAGAUAUCAAUGAGACUUGAACUUCAUAUGUUUUUCUCUCUCUGGGUUUUGCCAUGCAAAAGACAAAUAUUCCAGAAACGAAGGGGUUAAACCAUUUUAGGACGGCUCACUGCAUCCAGACUCUUUGGUUUCUUUUUUCCAAAAUGUUGCUUCUUCCCAUGCCACACUCCAUCUCCAGCUAAGUGGUAGAUGUGUACUAUGUUUUAAAUCAAUGUCUUGCCUUGGUGUUAUCCAUGUAACAUUUCACUUCUUCAUCCCUUGUUGAGACCAAUUUUUAUCUCUUGUUCCAUAAACCCCACGUUUAUUUAAACAUGCAAAAAUUCCAAUUUUCUUAACAUGAGGCAGCAGAGGGAACCUAUCCUGUUGAGCCAUAAUAAUUUCCUGAGGAUGUCACUCAAUUAUUUGGACAUGGCCACUUCUUCUCGCUCCACUCUUAUGUGGUUGCGUGACGGCUUUCCUCUGUAUCUGUUCUGAUCAAAAAUGAUAGCGAUGGAAGACUGGGGAACCAGUCUGAUGGAUUCCAUUCUGCAUGGUGCCUGUGAGCACAUGGAACCAAGCCUUGGAGUGAUCUAGAACUUAUUGGGGGAACAUUAGGGGUAAAUUUGUUGGAUCUAAACUUUAAUAAUGUAGCACAAUUGACAUGGAGACCUAGAUAAUUUGCCCUGGGUUUUUUAGUCAUAACCCACAAAAAGGAAUGGGCACAAGUCAACAGUUGGAAAACCUAUGCCAGAUACUAACCAGCAUAGGAUUUCCUGAGCACUUUGGUUAUUGCAGAAAGCACUUUAAACUGAUGCUGUUAACUUGAACAGAGCACACAAUGAGCAUCAUUACUAUUAAACCACACUAUGAUUAAACCUCCUGGAGGUGGUUUCCAUUUUAAGCUUGCCCUUUAAAAGUACUUGUCAUUUUGUCAUGAUCGGCUUUUUAGUUUUGACCAUACUAUAGAUCAGUGAACAUUGACUGAUUCACUAGUCCAGGAACCUGGUAUCUGGCCUGAUAGGGUAUAGAUUACAUUUUAUCUUUGGCUUUCAAUUUGGGCUGUGCGGGGAAGAGCCCAACUUUCUACUAAAGGGUUUGACAGAGUUACAAUUGAACAUUUUUGGAUUGGACUGGGUAACUGACUGGCAGGGUGACUGCCCUGAAUAAUUAUUUGCAGAACCAUGCCAUCUUUUCUGUUUCUCCCUUUUAUUUCCUACACUUGGUCACAGUUGGCAGUUAUGAUGAUCUCAGUUUUUAUACAUUGCUUUGGAUUCAGUAGCAUUUUUGUGUUAUGUUUAUAUUUCAUUGAACUCUUAUACCCUGUUCUAAUUGAUCAAGACUCCCUGCAGACUUCUGAACUGUGAGCUUUGAUUAAGAUGAAACAUAUUCCUCUUGCUCUUCCUUAUUCCUUACAAUACACAAAGAGAAACUACUCCCACCAACUCCUUUUGUGUAACCUAUUUAAGCACUUUGUUCUCACAGUUGCUAGUUAAAAAUCUAGAAAACAUAGAACUAGUUCUCUGUCAUACCAAUCAGUUAUGUUUCCAAGGUGUAGUGAAAAUUGUUGUUAGAGCAUAGCUUUUAGUUGCAGUGUCUCCCAUGGUGCUGUCACUUUCUGCUGAACUGUGUAUAUAUGUUGCACUGUGUAUAUAUGUACCCUGACUGUAUGACCAUUAGAUUCUGAGAUGUAUUUUCCCUGUAUAGAUCUAUAUAUUUCCAUUCUGUGUAUGAAGCUAUCCUCAAAGGAGGGAGAGGCCUAAAUUUAAACUGGCCAGCCUAAUUUCUGUAUCAGAAGUCACUUUGUUUUAAGUAGUGUAAGUAGUUCAAGUAGAAGACUUAAUUUGUGUUUUGUAAAUGUAUUUGUAAGAUGACUUGGCAAAGCAGUUUUGACAUGCAAAUAAGAGUGUAUGGUCAUGCCUUUGUUUUGGGGCUAUGGGCCAUUCUUUCACCAGCCUGUCUGACAGGGCUGUUAUCUUUUGGGGAGUAUGUCCUGCAGAUAACACACUGCCUGCACAGUUCCCUUUUUUCCUGAACGAAACUUUUAUAAACUUACUUUGAUGUACAAUUGGUGAUGUCCCAAUGUUUGUUCAUGGCAACUGGUUUCCAAAGCUGAAGGUUUUUGGUGCUGCACCAUUCACCAUUUUUAUCGUGAUGCUAAGGCUGCCGCAGGAACCUAACACUAAACCCCACAGUAGGGCUGACACCAAGGAACCAGGUUUCACGCUGCUGGUAUUUCUCCCUCUGUUCAAAUUUUAAAUUAAAUAAUAACCACAAAUAUCCGUAGUCACUAGGCUUGUUUAGUAUAUGUACCCUCUCAAGAAUAGGAUAGUACAUAAGCCCGUACACUUAAGUGUUGUAUUAUAUUCUGCUUGUCUGACACUGGUAGUCUGAAUUAAUCUAACUGUUCCUUCACUACCAGUGGCCCACCUGUAACUUCAGAAUGCUCUCUACAUUCAUGAGCCAGUUUGGAAGGAUGGGUUUGGUAAUUGUAUUACAGAGGCAUGCAUAACUUCAUGUUCUCUCCAUUACACUUUUUACUGAAACCGUUGUGAACUCCUUGGCCACUGUGUCAGCCUUCAUGCACAACUCGAGUGAUCCUGGGCUUGGAUUUCUUCCUCCGUGCACCAAAUUAUAUUCAUUCUAUCAGACAGGCACACAGCCAUCUGAAGCUAAUGCUGGUGACUCAGUUGAGAGUGUAUUAUUCAGAGAGUUCCAUUCACUGUGAUGUGACAUGUUGAGUGGGAAAUUUCUGCCCUGGAAAAGCUAUGCACGAGCAUUGUCCGCACAAGUGAUCUAGCUCACAUGCUGACCUGUCAGCCCAAUUUAUGCUGUCCAAAGGUAGGGUUCUGGGCCAGAGGAGAAAGAUUCCAAUUCUAUUUGUCCAACCUCAAAUAUUAUUGCUUUGUGCAGUUUGAAACCAGGCUCUGGUGUCCUUUUAUGUACUGAAAUACUCUGUGCUAAUGAGGCAUUUUACUUUUAGAUUCAGCACAUGCAGUGUCACAAGCAGUGGUAAGUGAUACAUCAGCAUGGUUUAUAGGAGAGGUGUUCUGCCUGUUUAGCAUGGAGCACUGAACAAAAUGAGAAAUGUUUUGCUACACCUCACUUUAUAAUCCCUAAGGAAGUUCAAGCUUCAGUAAGAUUGUACUUCCUUCAAGUUUAACCUCCAGCAUGAAGUCUUGCCUGCAAACAGUCCAGUACAGUGGCCUCUUGUCAUUUAUAACAUCCACAUCCUAUUACAAUGUGGGUUUGAAAAAAGUUUUUAAUGUGUCUUAUUGCACCUCAGAAAUCCCUCAAAGCAUUUCAUGUUCACUUUUGGAGUGAAAUUUAACUAUUCUGUUUGAAAAAAGAUGGCUGUCAUUGGAGUGUACAGCAAGAUCCCAAUAGCAAGCAUGACUUGAAAUGCCAGUUCAUUGGUGAGCAAGGAUAGACUGCCUUUGAUUUUAACAUCCUUCGAUGAUGUAAGAAAACUAUGGGUAGCUGUAGAAGCAUCACUUUAUUAGGAGUGAUGAUCAUUUAAAUUGGUUUUUAGUUACCGGUUUUAAUAUGAUGCAACCCUUGACACUCCUACCAUGUCCUUGAUAUUGGCAGCUCAGCCAUAGGGGAUAUCUGGUCAUCUAAUGGCACUGCAUUGUGCACACUCUGGGCAUUUUAUACACCCCUGUGAUCUUGUGUCCAAGUUAACACAUGAGUAGAGUGAGAUCUACUCUCUUUCUGCACUGAAUGAUGAGAUGUACAGAGCCUGGCCUGGGCCAGUGAGGAGAACAUCAGAGCAUGUCCUAAGUAACUUGCCUCUAUUAACAUCCACACGUUAUGAUUGGCUCAUUGAAUAUUUUAACAUUUGAUUUCUCUUUGUACUCACUCUUCAUACAGUGCCCCCUAGGCUGUCUCUCUUGGACAGUAUUUUUAAUAUUCUUUUAAAUUUAUUAAUAAACAACAAGAUGCUUAAUAUGGACAUGCAUGCUGCUGGCAUUUCCCAUUCUGCUGUUCCAAAGUGCAAAAUUAGCAGAGCUAAAUCUGCAUCAGUACUUUGUUCAAAAGACUAAUCUUAUGUGUUUGUUUAGAGGUUGGGAGUAGGGGGGACAGACAGUGUGAUGGCUCCCAGUUAUGUUUGGCUGCCACAUUCUUGGACUGCACCAAUUUCUUUCAUUAGUUUACUGACUUCCUGUUUCGUUUGCUGAUCUGUAUACUUUUAUUUGUUAAAUAUAUUUACUUACUCAGCCCUUUCUUGGUUAUUUCACUCCCAUUGUUUGUCAGAAACACGCUGAGGAAUGAUGCUAAGAUGCACGUCAUUUCAAGCAAAGCAGAUUUCACUAUCCGUGUGUGCGUAUGUGAAUUGUAUGGGGUUUUAUCUCCCUCUGCUUAAGGAGAUGGAGCGUUUUGCUACUAUGUACAGAGGGAGGGGAGUGAUGUAAGGAAAGAGUUUGAGUUCUAACAUAGACUGGUUUGAACUCUGAACAGUGUAUACUGUCUUGUGCUCAAACAUGAGGUCUGUUCCAGUUUGUCUUCAUCGUCGUUGUGUGUUCCUGUUGCUUUUUUUUUGAAAAAAAAGCUUUGUCUAAAUGGAUUUUUUCCCAACUCUGAAGUGCAUUUGUGCAGUUGGCGGUGCACAGUGUGAUUGCGAGUUAAAGGGGAUAGUGGAAGGAGGAUCUUUCAAAUAGAAGGGAAUGUGCUUUUCUGCCUGACUCCAUUUCGAACAUUCACUAGCAAGGUUGCCCAGACUUGACGAAUUAAUUCUAAUGUGCACGUGCAUGUUUACUGUGUGUUCAGCAACGUGAUAGUCAUCCACUUUUGUUUUUCUAAAAUAUUAUACGGUAGCUUGUCAAUAAAGGAAGAGUUUACGUUUA